AAAACGGAAAUGGAAAAACAAAUGGCGCAAGGCGCUUUUCUUGUCCUACAGGCAUCAUAUGUUUACAAAGAUGUGUUUUUGAUAUUUCGCUAAUUUACACAACGGUCACAUCAGCAUUAAUGUACGCAUAUUGUUAGCCAUUUCAUGUGUCGGUUUAUGAUUGUAAGCGCACUCCUUUUUGUCGCGCAAACUGAAGAUGCGACUUGUGCGCGUUCGCGCGCGCGCCUGCACAUCAGAUCAACACCUAAAGACAAGGACGAAGAUUUUAGGAAAAUCCAAUGCAAAAAAGCAACGGGUAUUGGCUCAUCAUCUGUGGGUCCUGCGGGCCCCUGGAGGGACACUGCUUUGAGGCAAAGAGCCACCCGACAUGCUUCAUCUGUGGAUGCAGUGAAGCCAGCAUUUGGCCUCACCUUUCACAAGUGUGCUCAGGUGGAAACAGGAGGUAAUUUUCCACAGGUGAAAGUGAUGUUAGCGAUCACCAAUCCUGUAGAGGGAAAUGACCUAUCACAGCUGUGUAUCCGUGAUGCUGUCUCUGAUGUCACACUCCUGCAGACCAAUGGGAGUCUACAGGAGAGAGGAUACCAGACCUUCACUACAGACUUACUGCCCGCUGGCUCUGAGUAUGUGGUUCUGUACAGACUGAGUGUUAAAGGAAACAGAAAUCAGGUUCUGAUCCUUCCAGCAUUUCUGACCUUCUCCAAUGCAACUCAGAAUGACAUUUAUCUGUUUGGACCUGUGGUGGCUAAUUUCACUCUGAGGAUAAAUGCUACUCAACAGGACGAUGUUGUUCUCUUUCUGAGUUUCAUAAUUUCGUUUCUUCUGACGGGUCUGCUGCUGGCAGUCAUCGUUUGUGGUGUGAACGUCAUCCUGAGGAGACGACUGCGCAAAUCCAAUCAAUGCAGAAAGAGCUUAAAUGAAGAGGCGGGGCCAUACGAGGAGAUAUGUGACAUCACUGAGUCAGCCAAUCAGGAAGCAGCCUUUGAGGAUAAGUUUGUGGAUAUUCUGAUGUUGGAGGACCCACAAAACAUGAUUUAUGCGAUUGACAGUUUGAACAUUUCAACUCGCCUGCGUUGUAUGAUCGGGGUGGAACACUUAAGGGUGCAGCUUUAUGAAGGUUUGUUGGUUGUGCUGCUUCGUGGUGUUCGGGCAGCGGGGCGUCUUAGUGUCCAGGCGGAGCGCCGUGUUUUGGGAGUUGUGCACGGGCAGAUUGUGGGCAUGGAGGGAAAAGUGCAGGAGGAGCACGUUGCUCGCAUGGAGGCGCUUGCUGCUCAGUGUAAUCUGGAGACACAAAAGGAAAUGGAAUCUCAACAGCACACGCACGCAUCAGAAAGAUCACAUGCAGAACGACUGUUUCAACAAAUACAGCAACAGGACACGGCAGAUGUCCGCGCCCUGUUGGAGAAGCUUCAUCAGGAAGAGCAGCGCUGUCUGCAGAAGCGACUGCUGACCAAGCACGAACAUGCGUCUGCGCACGCGCAGAGACAGCAGGCGCUGGGGCGUAGAUUUGAACUGCACAAGAUAUUCGGCGAGGAGCUGCAGGAGGCGACAAUAACAGGAGAGCUGCAGGAAACCACGGCCAACAAACUCCUGCUGCAGUACUACAGCUGUCAGGACAGUCUGGAGGAGGGGUUUGAUGUCCUUCUAGCCAAUCAGAGAAUGUUGCUGGCAGAGCGCCACGCACAGCGUUAUUUAAUCGUGCGAAGUUUCCAGCAUCUUCAAGCUGUGAUGAAUGACGCCUUCAACAGCAUCAAAGACCGCAGAGCCGUAUUAGAUAGGGAGUUUUCUGAUGUUCAUCUGGAGGUUUCACGUGUAAAACAGGAACUAGAAAACAGAGUGGGUCGCGAGUGCAGAGCCAUCCGCUGUGACAUCAUCAAGAGGAGACGGCAGGUCCUGUCAGAGAUGUUGUGUGGACACAAGCGUCAGCUGCAGGCAUUGUAUGGAGACUCUGACAUCACAGUGAAUCAGUACCUGCAAAACUGGACCAAACUGCUGCUGAAUCAAAGCACUGAACUAUCAGAUCUCAUUAACCACCUGGACAAACAGACUGCAGACAGUAUACUCAAGUUGACUCUUCGUUUUCUGCAAGAUUCAUCUGCGCAGCUGCAACCGGCUGCUGCACGCUUCUUCCCACAGGCAGACGUUCUUCAAGAGAAGGUGCAGAGUUUAAAUGAAGCUGAUGCCUGCAGACUUCAGUCCACUCGCAGUUGCAUUCAGCGCAUCCAACUGCAGGAGCUGCAGGAGCAGAGAAACAUCAGAGAUGCCUUCAGAGAAUACUGCAGUUGGGUGUGUGCGUCUCAGCGGUCUCUCUCCCAUGAGCACUGGCUGAUUUUUCAGCUGAAGUGUGUGAAGGCUGCAUGCUGUCUGGAUCAUUGUCUCGUGGUGCCACAAGCUGAACCUGCUGUGACCCUCGCUGCACCCGCUGUGACAUCAGCUGCCUCAGAAAUGCAGACGAGGUCUCAGUGCAGCUCAGAGCUAAGUGAACUGAAGCGUCUGCAGAAGCUGAUGGAGGAGAGAAUGACGCUGCUGCAGCACACAGAGACUCUGGACGAAACACUGCAGAAGGAGUGGGAUGAAUCAUGUGUGUAUCAGAAGCAGCAGCUGCAUGUGUGUCAGGAGCGUGUGACUGCAUUUGUGGCUGCGCUGCAGUGGGAACAUGCAGAGAAACUGGCUAAGGUCACAGAGACGCACACAGCCCUGGUCAAACUACAUACAAUCAUCAUGCAAGAGCUGGACCACUCCACUGAGAUCACACGCACCAUACAAACACACUGCCUGGCUUUAGAGGAGGCGGAGCUUCAUCUUCAAACAGAGGAGAUUGCAUGGGAGAAGUCUUUGGAGGGACGGGGCUCCGAUGAUGAUGAUGAUGAAGAGUAUGCAUUUGCAGUAGACAGUGACAGUAGAAUGGUCGAUCUCCUAAACGAGGUGCUCUACAAGCGGCAGCUCCUCACACAGCGAUUGACUGACAGGGUGUUGAGGAAAAAUCAGACUGUAGAGUAUCAGAGAGAUCAAAUCCAGCUGAAGAGACUUAACACAUACUGCCAACAGGAUCUGGAUUUGACAGCAGUGUUGGUCAGUCAGGCUCUGAUUACUGUUCCUGAUCUCCAUGAGGUCAUGUGUCUCCUGCUGCCUACAGUACCCGAAGGAGAACUACUUUCACUAAUAGAUGCAUUGGAACCCAAAGCAGGGGGCGAUUCAGGAUCCUGCACUUCUCUGGCAGACAGACUGAGACUUGAUGUGCUGAGCAGAAAUUUGUCUCACCCUUCUCAUCACAGAGACAGAGAGAGAGACAGGUUCUCAAAGAAGCGUCAGAAGCUUUGUAUCAAGCUUUUCUCUGCUGCUGGUUGCUCUCAAGAGGUUUCUGAGGUCCAGAAAAGACACAAAAAGGUCCAGGAGUUUCCUCAGACUCCAUCUUUAACCCUGUGGUCCGAACUGCAGGAGCCGGCUGUGAUGAUGGAUGCAAAUCAGGGGGCGUGGCUAAACCAAAGUCCACCCCAUGAGGAUGGUCAAGUCUCCACAGAGCAACUGUUUGUUUUUCGUUGCACUCCACCUGCUUGUCACGAGGACACGCCAAUGUCUCGCACACGCAGAAAGAAACGAAACUAUUUAAACUUUAGGAAGAACAGCGUCGCUCCACAACAACAAACAUGAUGCCUUCACCACAAAGGAUUAUGAGAACUUCAUUAUUAUGAACAUAUCUCUUGAAGCAUUUCCACAGUUUAAUUGUGUAAAUGGAGGUCCAAAUUACUGUUAUUUGCAUGGGUUUAAGUACAAAGCCAAAAUCAGUGAAGAGUAAUCCUUGUACCCCAGAUGCACAAACGAUUGCGAUCAGUACCUGUAUAUGACAAAUGGCAAAUACACUGUAGGGACUGACUAGUAAUAUAUAAAAAAGAUUUAAAUAUCAUCUAUGGCAGGGGUGGGCAGUCCUGGCCCUGGAGGGCCACAGUCCUGCAAACUUUAGCUCCAACCCUAAUCAAACACAGCUAAAAAUCACACCCAGUUUUAUGACAUUUUAUAAAAAACAUUAAUUUAUGCUGAAUUCUGUGUAAUUAAACCUGUAAAUAAAGGCUACUAACGAGCAGCACUAUAUUGUAUAAUUUAAUGUUUUUUUUAUUCAAGUUCUAAGUUUGAGAUUGUUUUGUCAUGAAUUUUCUUUAGGGGUCUGCAAAAGGACGGUGCACACAGAAGAUGUGCACGUCUAAAAGUUUAAAAACAAGUGGUAUAAUAAAAACUCAAUACAUUACAGUUUUUUGAAUUGAUAAAAUGCUAAACCGCAUUCUCUGAACUAAAUUCCCAGUGGCCUAAACCCAUUUGUCAAAUAAUUUACUCUUUUAGCAAAACCUUAAAGCUCCCAUAACACAUGCUGUUUCUGCUCAU